AUGGAUGUCCUCCCAGAGCUCUCCCCAGCCAUAAAACUUGAAUAUCACGCCGAGGGCGGCGCCAACAUCGUCUACCGCAUCAUCCAUCCCUUCGCCGAGGACCAAGUCUUCGAGCCUCAACCAUCCGAAAUCCCACACUACGGCGCCUCAACACCUCCACCCACCGAAAUCGACGACACCAUCAACCCGGAUAUUGAUGCCGAUAUCAACAUAACAAGCGGCAAACUCCUCCGCCUACGCAAAAAUGUCCGAUAUGGCCUUCCCUAUCGCGACACGGCACAAGACUUUCAGAAAAAGAUUCGUCCUUUAUUUGGCGAUGAGGAGUUGGUUGAUCAGACUAUGGUGCGCGUGCCACAUUCUGUAAUUCAGAGAUGUAAUGCCCAUCUGAAAGAAAGAGAGCACCACAGAAAGAGACCUGCUAUUCGAUGUGGAGUUUAUCUUGCUGAGGAUGAGCCGUUGGGUAUGCUUGUUACUGAUAUGACCACCUCCAUCCCUCCUUCGACGGCGAAUGUUGCAGAGACAGAGAGUAUAGUCGAACUCAAGCCGAAAUGGCUCAUUCAAUCCCCCUCCGCCCCGUCUAAAGCACGACGAUGUCGUACCUGCGCCCUUCGAGACAUGAAGCGCGCCGAUACUCCUUCUCCCUCCGAUUCCCGCAACUCUACAUCCCCUCCUCUUCCAGUAAUAAUACCACCCGGAAAAGCGCAAUUCUGCCCCUUGGAUCUCACCUCCCCCAACAAGAAAGACAUGCAACGCACAAUACGGCACAUUUUUCCAUUCUUACUGCCCGAGAAAGUCGACAUGAUUGCCGAUGCCUUGUAUCAGCACCCUAUACUCCAGAAACUGUUGUCGUUGCAGCGAAUACAUGACGAAGUUGGUCUGAACGGGCCAUUACCUGGAUCAAAGGACACGAAUUUGUCGAUGACGUUGAGGGAUUGUUCUGUUUUUCUGAAGAUCUUCCCUUCAACACAUCCGAGCAACGAACAGCAGGCUAGAAUAGACAUCCGUCUCGGCGAUCUCGAUCUCAAGUCAGCCGCGAACGGCAAGGCGGAGUACUGGCUCAAUAUUGAGAAGAGGCUUAUUGACGAAGGAUGGUAUAUGGGUACACAAACGAGUCAGGCCGCGACGGAAGGGGAGUGUGCUCUAAGUCGUUGA